GCGGAAGCGAUCAGGAAAAGAGUAAAUAAACAAAGUAGCUCCGUUUUUAGCGGAACCAUUUAGUUCAGUUUGGGUUCUAUUUGCGUUUAAAAAGUUUUCUUCGAUGUUUUUAAAUCGUUUCCAAUCUGUAUUAAAUGCAGAGGAAAGUUUUGAAAGCUUACAGUUACCGUUAAUUAACUAAUCUGGAGGAUUAAUAUCACGAUGUCUAUAUUUAGCGUACAGGCGAGGAAACAUACAGCCUAUUACGACCAUUUAGUGUCCGUAUCAACGUCCAGGACACCCGGAAGAGACGGAAAGGGAUCAGACACCUCUUCGGGAAAAAAUGGGAUACCAGGCGCUGAAUCUGCCGCUGAGGACAGCAGGUUAUCUGAUAAAAGCCGACAGGAAAACAGGACUUAUGUCAUUUCUGCGCUGUCAAAGGGCGGCAGUGGGCAGCAGACUCCUCACCGAGGCAGACUCACCCUUCAGAGGAGGUCAAGGAGGAAAAGUGCUGGAAAAUCUUUGACUGAAAGUAGCCAGAAGAGCCCUCCUGCUCCAGAGAAGAGACUAACUCUGCAGCGCAGGACCAGGACUCCCUCCGUGGAUAAAAGCAUGCGUGGGCAGCGUGGGGUCAGCGGCACGGCUGGCCCACAGCCUGCACCGAAAGUCCUCAGUGAACCAAACGGCAGACAGAGUUUAAUUCGGUCUGCAAGUUUAAGAGAAACUAGGUCUAAAAUAAAGGGAUCAGAAGGUUUGACCACCAAGGGGCCCUUCAGGCACCUGGAUGAUUCUGCUCCCACGUUUAAAACGCCAACCAAAAAGACCCCGUUUGAAAGAAUUGCGGCUAAAAGAGAAGUUUUUGAGAGACUGGCUUCUAAAGGAGCACCAAAACAAGACGGGCCUAAAAACACAGCUCAACAAGCAGAAAAGAUUAAACCUGUUCCAACUCCCAGGGCCGGCAAAGCUUCCUCAGGGGGGCCCAGAGCCCAUGCUUCUGUUCAGGAGAGGAAGCCAAGCAUCACAGGUCAGGAAGGGGAGCUGCACCCUGCAAGGAUGUCCACUCCAUCCCUGAGCCAUUCUGGGGAGACUGAGGAGCAACAGGAGACCUUAAAGAUGGAGAACAGUGCAGUGACCGUAGCUGUCCGGGUCCGACCUUUCAGUGCCAGAGAGAAGGCAGAAAAGGCCUCGCAGGUCAUCUUCAUGAACGGCCAGGAGACAAACGUCCAGCAUCCAGACUCCAAGCAGAGCUACUCCUUCAUUUAUGACUUCUCCUUCUGCUCGGUGGAGGCCAGUGAUCCGACCUUUGCAGGUCAAAAGACUGUGUACGAGACCCUGGGCAGGCCUUUGUUACAGAGGGCUUUUGAAGGAUUUAACACCUGUUUGUUUGCAUAUGGCCAGACGGGUUCUGGUAAAUCAUACACGAUGAUGGGCUUCGAGGAGGAGGCUGGGGUCAUCCCACGGUUCUGUGAGGAGCUUUUUAUGAAACUGGCCUCCAUGGAAGAGGUGAAAUGCCAUGUCGAGAUGAGCUACUUUGAAGUGUAUAAUGAAAGGAUUCAUGACCUGCUGGUGACUAGGGAGGAGCCAAACCAAAGGAAGAUGCCGCUAAGGGUGAGAGAGCAUCCAGUCCACGGUCCUUAUGUCGCUGAGCUCUCUGCGAACGUGGUGAGCUCUUACAGAGACAUUCAGGGCUGGUUGGAGCUUGGUAACAAACAAAGGGCCACAGCAGCUACAGGAAUGAAUGACAAAAGCUCCAGAUCUCACUCUGUCUUCACCCUGGUUAUGACCCAGACUAAGACUGAGUUUGUGGAGGGAGAGGAACAUGACCACAGCAUCUCCAGCAGGAUCAACUUGGUGGACCUCGCAGGCAGCGAGCGCUGCAGCACAGCCCAGACAAGCGGGGACAGACUCAGGGAGGGAGCCAGCAUCAAUAAAUCCCUGCUAACUCUUGGAAAGGUCAUCUCUGCUCUAUCAGAGCAGGUGCUCACCAGGAAGAAGGUCUUUAUCCCGUACAGAGAAUCUGUUCUUACGUGGCUGUUAAAGGAGAGCCUUGGGGGUAACUCCAAGACGACCAUGAUUGCCACCGUUAGCCCGGCUGCCACCAAUGUGGAGGAGAGCCUGAGCACGCUGCGCUAUGCCCAGCAGGCCCGCACAAUCAUCAAUGUGGCCAAAGUCAACGAAGACACCAGCGCCAAGCUGAUCCGAGAGCUGAAGGCAGAGGUGGAGAAGCUGCGUGCGGCCCAGAUGAGCUCCCAGGGGGUUGAACCACAGAGAGUCAGGAUGUUCCAGCAGGAGAUCAACACCCUAAAGAAUAAACUCUGUCAGCAAGAGAGGGAAAUGUUUGAAGCCAAUCGAGCUUGGAGAGAGAAGCUUGAGCAAGCAGAAAUACGAAAACGGGAGGAGACCAAAGAGUUACAGAAAGUAGGCGUGACGUUCAAAGUGGACAAUCGUCUUCCAAACCUGGUGAACCUGAACGAGGACCCUCAGCUGUCAGAGAUGCUUCUCUAUAUGAUCAAAGAGGGCCGGACCACUGUAGGGAAGCUCAAACCGGACUCCACUCAUGACAUUCAGCUGACUGGAACCCUUAUCGCUGAUCGCCACUGUGUCAUAUCCAACAUACAUAAUACUGUCAGCAUCAUCCCUAUGGACAAUGCUAAGACCUUUGUCAAUGGGAACCUCAUCUCUGAAUCUACUGUGCUACAUCAUGGUGACAGAGUUAUCCUGGGUGGGGACCACUACUUUCGCUUCAAUCAUCCAGCAGAGGUGCAGUCUGGGAAGCGGGUUUCAUGCUGGACAGGAGCUGGUGAUGGACAAAAAGACUUUGAAUUUGCAAAGAAUGAGCUACUUGCUUCUCAAAGAGCAGAGCUGGAGGCAGAAAUCGAAGAAGCUCAUUUAAAGGCAAAAGAGGAGAUGAUGCAAGGAAUUCAGAUGGCCAAAGAGGUGGCUCAAAAAGAGCUCUCUGACCAGAGGGCCCUUUAUGAAAAUAGGAUCCAAACUUUGGAGAGAGAGCUGAACAAGGAAAACGAGCGAAAGCGACAGCAAGAAAUGGAUCAGCAAAGGGUUGCUACCCAGAUGGCUGAGCUGAAGGUGGCCAAGCUGGAGUUGGAGAAGGAGGUGGACUCCCAGAGGAGACGUUUCCGUCUCCACAUGGAAGCUCAGGCAAUGGAGGAACAGAGAGUAUGCCAAGCUAAGAUUGUGGAGGCCCUGGAGGCGGAGAAGAGAAAGAUCAGCAAGGAGCUGGAGGAGAUGCAGAAGAGAAGGGCACUUAGGGAGAAACAAACUCCCAGGAGUGCGCCUCCACACUGGGAUGCCAUGAAGCUGUCCUUGAUGAUCGAGGAGGCCAAUAAAAUCAGCAUUAAACUGAAGAAACAUACGCUCUUCAGCAGACAUGAAAGCUCUGAGGCAGAGAACAUGCAGCAAGGUGGGCUUCAAGUGCGAGUUCAAAACACAAAGCUGGGAAUCUCUACUUUCUGGAGCCUGGAUAAGUUCCAGAACAACAUGGCUGCCAUGAGAGAGAUUGAGCAGGGGGAUUCCGCCUCUAAAGAUGACGAUGUGUUUUAUGACCCUGAUGAUGAGUGGGAACAAGAUAUAUCAGCCUCCUCUGCCUCCACUUCCUCUUUUUCUCGCCGAAGGAGCAGAAGCCUUCUGAAGACCAAGAGAAUCUCUGGACGUUUGUAUGAAAUCCGGGUCCAUCCGAUUCAGAGCCUCACCAACUCCUCCCAGUCUGCCGGGCUGAUGUGUGGAGCAGUCAAACCUCCCUUCAACCAUUCAAGCACCUCUGAACCAGCUAUUCCCAGCAUAUGCAAAGAUCUAAUAGGCCGGUCAGUGGCUUGUCUGCGAAGCUGCAGUGAAACGGAGGAGUCCCUGGCAGAUCGACUGAUGUCUGAUCUGAACGUGGCAUACACAGCUGUCCAAACCAUAUCUGACCUUUAUGAAGGCCUAGAUGAUGACAGCCAGGACAGCGUGUUUGAGUGCAACGGGGUCGCCAGGACGGAGCUGAUCAAGGCCACUACAGCGUUAGAAACUGCUGUGUUUGUCACCAUGCACUGGCUGGCCAGUGUUAAGCCCUCCUCUGGCUUGCUCUACACUAUUGCUGAAGAACUUAAAAGCCAAGUCAAGAAAAUGGGAGGAUUCUUCCAAAUGCUCAUUCAGGGUUGUGAAUCUGAGAUCUCAUUGAUGGUGAAGGAGUCACGGAGGAAAAGCAGCCAGUGCUUGGAUGCAGCGAUAAAAGCGCUUGCCCACCUCGCUGUGGUGACAGGCACGCCGCUCGGUGUCACGCCGCUUUACAAUCAGGCCACAGGCAAGCCAUCACUCUUAAGCUGUUUGAUGAUGGGAACCAGUAAGGGUGUGCACUCUCUUCUGGAAGAGAGCCUUGCAAUUACCAGAGAAAUGCUCAGAGAUGCUCAGCUGGCAUACCCCAAAAACCCAAUCCUCCAAAGCCUAAAAUCUAAAACUCUUGAUAUGUCUCGCUCCCUGCAGAGCUACAUUCAGUGCCAUAUGUCGGAGCAAGACUUGGAGAAGUUGCAGGGGGAGCAAGAAGAGGCUGCCUUACUCGCUCAUUUGCAGAAACUGAGAACGACGUCAGUGAAACUAUUCCAGCUUACCCAGGCCAUCCAACAGAUGCAUUCCUGUUUGUCUGCAGCCCUGAGAGGUAACGAUAGAAGCUCUGACCUCAGCGGCUGCAGGGAGCUGAUCUCCUCCUCCACCAAGGCUGUUGAUCAGCUGAUCAUUGGUCUGUCCAAGGAGGAAGCAGACGCUCCGUCUCUGCAGCUCCCCUUCCUUCAGACCAUCAUGUCUGCACGAGAUGAUCUCCACUGCGCCCUGCAGUCCUUAUCCGCCUCCUUGUGGAGCCACCAGGAAAGCGACAGCAGAAGUUCAUCUGGUUCGGACAAGAAUGUAGAAAAUGACUCCUCCACCAAAGAGAGAGCUAAAACAUACAGUGCUGUUAGAAAUAAAGUAGUUAGUAAGAUCGUGUACUCUGUCGCUCCUGAUGUGACUUGCAGUAGCAGCUUGCACUGGGUGUAAACUCUGUUUUGUUGUGUUUUUAUCAUAUGUUUGAAAUUUUAUUGUAUACAUACAUUUUUACCAGAAGAAAAAUCAAGAUUUAUCCUACUAAAAUUAUGGAUUUCAUGAUGGUACAGGAAACAGUCUUUGUAAAAAAAAACUAAAUAAGUAAUUUGUUUGUAACAUUCACCAUUUGCAGGAAAGUUUUCACAACCUUUGAAAUAUUUAAAAACUAAAUUCUGUUGCUUUAGAAUUGGUGAAAAGAUAAAGUGUUGAAUUCUUUGAUUUCUCUUCUUGGUAUGAGGGAAACUUCUGUUCCAGUGUAUUUAUUUAUAAGCUAAGGCUAAAACUUCACUCCUGAGAGUGUAAAAUAUGUCUAUAUUAGAGCUGAUCGGGUUUGCUGAUCAGGAAGAAAACUUGCUCAUAACACUCUUCUAUAUAUUUCUUUCCUUUUAAGGUACAAUAUUAAUGUAGUAUUUGUUGUUUUCUCCAGUUUUUUUUUUUUGCAUUACAAUAUCAAGCAAUUUGCACUCAGCCAGUAUUUGUAUAUUCUGUGUUUCUGUUCUUUUUAUUGCCUUAGAAAAUAACGCAGCCACCUACACAACUGCAAAGAGUGAUAUGGCCUGAUUUCACAGGGAUGUAGAUCUAUCAGUACAUUGCUGGUAAAGGAAAAGAUUUUUACUGUUAUGUAUCACUAAGAUAUUCUUUUCAAAUUUAAAAUGUUUACACUCGCAUGCAGUGCUCUUGGCUGUGGUUUUCAGCUACUGAAAAACGUAUACAAGCCUGUAUUAUCUGUUCACUUGGACUUUUGUAAUAUGUUUGGUAUUUGUAUUUUUUUAUUAAAUUCCAUUCAUUAAACCAGCUUAUC